GUAGGUGCCAUCGAGACAAAUCAAAUAGGCCCCGAUACCGCCCCCUGGUACAGCUGCUUGACCCGAGUAUGAAGUUUUUAGCACUUAUGCUGUUGGUGGUGCUCAUGGCACGGGAGUAUUGCGAAGGUUUCGUGGGGACGGCUUUGCCAACAACAAGGGCAGCAGCUGCUGGAACAACAAGACACAGGGCAGCAGCGGUCAACAUGGCAAACGUAGUCGUGGAGUUCACCAACUCGAAGAAGACGGUGAACGCCGUCGUGGGCUCGCCUCUUUCACAACUAUGCGCCAAGAACGGGAUCAAGGUCAAGUACAGCUGCAAGCAAGGAGAUUGCGCGACGUGUUCGAUCAAUAUCGACGGAAGAAACGUCAAGGCCUGCCAAGGGAGGGUGCCGGCAUCUCGCCGCAUCGUGAAGAUCAAGGCGUGAGCUGGACCGAGCUAUGUAGGAGCCUAGUGGCUGAGCCAGUCAUCCAUUGGUGUGGGGUACCUACUGAGAUGUGGGGUACCGAGCAUGUAUCGGGGAUUUUGGCUUGUUGAGCGUGCUCAGAGAGCGCCCAUUACUCCUGGAAGUACAUGUUUUUUAUACCAAGCGUAGUAAGACUACAUGUCGAGGUUCACAGCAAGUUGCAAGGCUGUGUCAUUUGCCCCAAGUAACGCAACUCUGGUGGCGUUGACCUAUGAUAACAUCCUCGUGGUUGUGGUUUCGCAGUAUCGGUCGGAGGUACUACAGCAAGGCGAAAACAGGGAAGGAAGGACGUGCCCAAAUUCCGCUUGUUGUGAUAGACCGGGAGAACUGAUUCAUCGUGGACUCUUUGUUGAGCUUUACAGUGGAUGAUGGGGGUAGAUGGUACAUGUCUUUUAUGUUGUUUUCGUCCACCUGGUGUCGGCGCUGUUUCUAUUCAUGUUCGGCCAACCAAGAGAUUAGAGGUCGUGAAGAAAUCAGGUGUCGAAAGGUAGCAUGGCCGCGUGCAUGGAAAGCGCCCCCCAGUUAUCGAUCCACCAGCGUGGGAUUGGUUUACCUCAAAACUCCGUAGGCGGCGAUAAGUUUUGUGAAAAUAGAAAGCGGUAUUGUUGCGGUUGAUGCUGCCUGUUGGCCAAGGCGAUUCAUUUAGAAAUGGGUUAAUGUAGCUAACUAGAGCGGCCGGCAAUGGGACAGAAGAAACUGCCCCCCCCUCUAGAAAUCGGUGAGAGGAUACGUGUUGUCGUUGAUGCAAGGGGAAAAUUUGGUAGAAUUGAGAAAUCAGGACGCAAAUGAAUGGGCUGGGGUGAGAAGAUGCGUGUCGAUUUUUGUUGGGACUUGACGUCAGGGAGCGAGCAGAAACAGUGUAUCUUCAGGAAGAUUGAAGGUCUUGCAGGGUGCAUGAGUGCACUUGAGAGGCGCGGUAAUGAAACGUUUGAAACCGGGAGAACCGUAGAACGAUCCCUAUUGUCUCAUUGUUACUUUCAAACAAGAGAGUCGGUAACACGGCGGUGGCGAUGUGUUUGGUGCCUGCAACAUGGUUGGAAUAUGUAUGAUGGCUUUCACCGGUCCGUACUUGAGUGUAUGCGCCACCACAUGAGGGCCUAGGAGAGCAUGGGUCCUCAGGCUCAAAAUAAGACGAAUGCGAGAACUUGACCGUAAGACGAACAGAGGUUGCUCAGCUGAAUCUACUCUGUCUG